AUGGUAAAUAGGAGAAAAUAUAGAAAAAAAAGUGCCAGGUGUAGUGUAAAAGAAAAUAAAGUAUUAAAGGUAGGAGCUUCUGGCCUAACAGGUAACUUAAGGAGAAAGGUAAAAAGAAAGCAACGUAUAAAACAGCUUUUAUUUCAAGAUAAUUUACUUGGGACUACAGAUCCAGAUUUAAUAACAACAACGGAUAUUGCUAGAAUAAGUAGCAAAACAAUUGAUUUCCUACAUAGGACUGGGCUUAGACAAACACACAUUUGCGCUGCUACAGGAAUUAAUCAAGCAAUGCUUUCUAUAUUACUAAAAAGUCCAUUAUCAAAAAAUUUCUCGAUCUCAAGGAAGUGUGAUGCUAUAAUUAGACUUCUCAAUUACUAUGGUAGAGUUAAUGAAGGUAUUAUCUCAUCUGAUCCUGCAACGGCCCCAAAAGUUAUACCUACAAAGAAACUAAGCUUGGAGGAAGCUCCCAGCAGGAAGUCAUCUAGAAUUCAAUGCUCUAGAGAAAAAUACACUAUAGACCAGUCUUCUAUUGCUGCAGAUACACUAACAAUAUCUAGUGAUUCUGAUAGUGAUGGUAUUGAACAGACAAAGUGUGAUGAUUAUUUGAAUAGCGAAACAGUGAAGUUAAACCAGACUCCUCUUGAAAAUGAAGUCCCAAGAGUUAUAUGUAGUGAGCAAAAGUUAGACUCACUACCUUUGGGCUUUCAGUCAACUCCCAAAACUCUUGAUAGUAUUGAUCCAACAGAAUCUUUAAGUAAAGGAGGUCUCAAGAAUAGUUUAGAAAAAGGUGAAACAUCUGGUUGCAAUGGGGAGAUAAAGUCACUUGAAUGUAUCAAUGAUGCAGCUAUAUUUGGUUACAUUAGUACUGUUUACCACAGAUAUAAAAGGAGUGGCAUGCCUAUAUUACCUUUAUCAAAUAAGUUCUGUGGAGACAAAGGAGGGAGUGUAACGAAGGAAAUUAAGGAUCUCUACAUGAAUCCGUUAUUAAUACCUCUAACAAUAAAUUUGCGCCAUUAUGCUUCAGCUAGUAAUUUUUCUGAAAACAAAAAAGGCGUAGGUACAAGUUCAGUUUUAUCUGUAUUUGCAUCAAAUCCAGCUGCAUUCUUGUCUAGUAUACAAGGUAGUUGUUAUGCUGCAGAAAGAUUUGUAUGGAGCUCGAAUGCAAGUGAGGAGCUUCUUGAAGCUUUUGUAGAGAAUCUUAGUAGAGAGAGGCACCUGUCUAUAUUUUUGUCUAAUAACAGUAAAGUUAAAGCACUUCAAAUGCUUAAGCGUGAAUUAAGACAUGCAAUGAAUAUGUAUCUCGAGUUCUUAUAUGUACUCAGCUUCAUGGAUGUACCUCUAGAUAAUAACUCUUUACUUAUUACUGAAGUCAGUUUAAAUGAGACUUUUGACGAUAUAAUUAUUAUGGACAAGUUCAAAUGGAAUAUUUCGCAACCUACAUGGCGGCUUAAUGAUUAUAUAAACAACCUAAUAUCUGAUCUAAGACUUCCAUCUGAACUAUCUCACUUGUUACUACAUAGCGCUUUAACCCAAAACUUCAACGCUAUUAAGGCUACAAUUCACAACUUCUGUAAUUCAAGUAGUGUUACAAGAUCAACUGAACCACAUAUAACUGUUGCUAAUAUCAAGUAUGGUGGAGAUGAGGAGUACAAUGAUUUCUCUAGUGAAUAUACAAUGAACAAUGAUGAUGCAACAUUUAGAUACAAUAAGGAAGUUAUUUAUUCAUCUCUAAAUGCAGAAUGCAAAUUUAUACCAUGCGGUUUUUUUAAUGAAUGGGGUGAAAAUGCUGAUAUUGAUAUGGGAUCAGAUGAUAACCCUAAAAUAUAUCCAAUAACCGAAGAUGCUGAGGAAAGAAGACAGAUAGAAAAUAGGAAUCGUUUUAGGAAGCGUAGAAUGUGA